UCUUACCUCACAGAGGUAGCUCCUCCGCCGGCUGCGACUCGGCGCCCGCGGUCCAUGGACCGGAACCCCGGGCCGACGGGCAGGAACCCGGGCCGCGAUCGCCGCCUCCCCGCCCCAAGCUCCUCCUCCUCGCCUCCCACCGCCGCCUCCCGACGCCCGCAGGCUGCACUCCGCUGCCGCCGGGCUCGCCGGGCCACCCCAGGAAGCUGGGUGGCGGGUUCGCGGCUGCCGCCGGACUGAGGCCUACUCCGCCGCUUCUCAGUGCUAUUGUCCCUGGGCCCGGCCCUGACCGGGUUCGGUAGGGAGGGUCGAGUGCGCCGGCUCCGCGGAAGAUGCCGGACCAAGCCCUACAGCAGAUGCUGGACAGAAGUUGCUGGGUGUGUUUUGCCACUGAUGAAGAUGAUAGAACAGCUGAAUGGGUGAGACCAUGCAGGUGCAGAGGAUCUACAAAAUGGGUUCACCAGGCUUGUCUACAACGCUGGGUGGAUGAAAAACAAAGAGGAAACAGUACAGCCAGAGUGGCAUGCCCUCAGUGCAAUGCUGAAUACUUAAUAGUUUUUCCAAAGUUGGGUCCAGUUGUUUACGUCUUGGAUCUUGCAGAUAGACUGAUUUCAAAAGCCUGUCCAUUUGCAGCAGCAGGAAUAAUGGUUGGCUCUAUCUAUUGGACAGCUGUGACUUAUGGAGCAGUGACAGUGAUGCAGGUCGUAGGCCAUAAAGAAGGUCUGGAUGUUAUGGAGAGAGCUGAUCCAUUAUUCCUUUUAAUUGGACUCCCUACUAUUCCUGUCAUGCUAAUAUUAGGCAAGAUGAUUCGCUGGGAGGACUAUGUACUUAGACUAUGGCGCAAAUACUCAAAUAAACUUCAGAUUUUGAAUAGUAUAUUUCCAGGUAUUGGUUGUCCUGUUCCUCGAAUACCAGCUGAGGCUAAUCCUUUAGCAGAUCAUGUCUCUGCUACCCGAAUUUUGUGUGGAGCCCUUGUCUUUCCUACUAUUGCGACAAUAGUUGGUAAACUGAUGUUCAGUAGUGUUAACUCUAAUUUACAAAGGACAAUCUUGGGUGGAAUUGCUUUUGUUGCCAUAAAAGGAGCAUUCAAGGUUUACUUCAAACAGCAGCAAUAUUUACGUCAGGCACACCGCAAAAUUCUAAAUUAUCCAGAGCAAGAAGAAGCAUAAAACUGUGACUGUUCUGCAGUCCUCUCAUCCUUAUAAGUCUGUUGUGUUGUUUUGAUUCCAUCAUUAAUGCACAGUAGUGAAGACUUGUAAUAAGCUGCUGCUCUCAUAUUUUUAAGAAAUAUAAUAAAGCACUUAGGGCAGGGGGAAUCCUCUCAGUAAUCACGGAACCUGAGGAUGGGAUUUGUUUUCAUUGUUUUGUCUGUACAACUUUUAUGGCAGUCAUCUGGCAUUAUCUUAGCAUGGUAAACCUGGAUUUUGUUCAUAUUUUCUCCAGACAGAAAUGUAAAGAUCAAACUGUGCAAGUAUUUAAAAAUGCACAUACUGUUUUAUUGAAAUGCCUCUUUUGUACAUGUUCAUGUUCAGUGUUUUCUUAGAAUCAGCAACUCAACUCAAUGAAGGUACUAUGAGGAUUUUUCUCACUGGCAUAAUUUGAUUAAAUCUAAAUAGGAAUAUAUGUUCAUAUGAGGAAAUGUAAAUUAAAUUAGUUAUAAUUAAAUAACAAACCAAAAAUGUAUGUAAACGUUCAAAUGAUUAUCUGAACAAAUGCAAUUUUGCUGUGUUUUUGUUUUUUUUUUUUUUUUAACCCAUGUGAUGUCCUCCAAAAUGUAUAGGGUGAAAUUCACAGGGCUUCCAGAUCACUUUUUCUCUAUUAAAUUUUAUUUAUAUAAUGUUGACAUCUCAUAGUUUCAUAAUGCAAUUUUGACUUAUGUAGUCUUAAUUAUUGUGUGUGUGGGGGGUGGGGCAAGGGUGGAGAGAGUCAUCAGAUUCCUUCCAUCACGGGGAUUUUUAAAUCCAUAUUUCUAGAAAUUAGAGCUGCCAGUUUAUAGUAGUUUGAGCACAGACAAUGAUUUGCAAAAAAUCAAUAAAGUUACUUUACUCUCCUCUUUCACUGAUUCAGUUAUUCAGGUAUUUGUUAAUCACCUCCUGUUUUGCCAGGCACUCUGCAGAGUGCUAUGAAAUACAAUGGUGAGCAAAACAGAUUUGGUUCCUGCUUUUACACAGUUCAUGGUCUAGUUUCAAAAGAGAUAAAACCAGCAGUGAGUAAACCAAGGUGAGGCCUUGAGAUCCUUGUUUUUAUACCAGUAAGUGAUUUAAUUAUGAAAACAGAAUUCUUGAAUAAACAUUGAGCUCAUUGUUUUUGGCUUAAGUGUAUUAUUUUAAAAAGAAAACCAAUACUAAUGUUUUUAGGUUUUAAUUGUCUCAUGAUGAGGCUAGCACCUUAAUAAGCACUGUUUAACUAAUUUAUAUUCAUUUUUCAAAAUCAUUUAUUUAUUUUAAGCUUUCAAUAGUGGUCCUUUUAAUGUUUAGCAGUUUGAAAGAUCUUAUUUCUAUUAAUUAAAGUUAAAUUUUAAAAAGCUAGUUCCAAAGGCCCUAGUUUCUUGUUCACAGUAUCUAAUGCAUGACAAUAAUGUUUCCCUGUACUGAUAAUACGCCACUUCUGUUUAGGAAGAAGUGUAGCAAAUAUAGAUUGAACUAUGGUAGAUUGCAAUUUAGUAAUUUAAGACAAGUACCUUUCGAUAAUACAAAUGUCUUAAUUUUGAGUUAUAAUGAAGUUCAUGUGUAUGGUUACUGAACACUCGAAAUUGUAAUUAUUUGGGGAGGAAGGGAUAAUGUGACAGCAGGCACUAUUAAGAACAAUGCUAUGUUCUGGAGGGGAAAUCAAAAGCUAUGACUGUAUAUUAAAACUUAAAUUAUAUAGCUAUAAUUAUAAAAUAUAUUGGCUUUUCUUCAAUUUCCAACAUUAAAAGACAUUACAUAUUUCCUACAUAAUUUUGUUGUAUAGAACAGCUUUUAGGCUGCCUUUACUAAAAUUAUACAAGCACACAGCUCCCCAUUUACUACUUUAAUGCCCAGGAUGAGGAGUAGUUGCCUGGGUUUAUUGACAUAGGGCUAGUGAAAGCCUAGGAAACACAUUUUCUUCAGGGGCAGAUGGGAGGGAUUUCUAGGGUUGUGGGGAGGAAACUGCAAGUGCCUGGGGACCAGAGUGGCCUCUAGCCCUGGAACUGGAUACUUUUUAUCCUAUAAAGCCUUAGCUCAAGAAAUCACGUGCCAGUCCUUAAAAUGGUGACUGCACCACCAUGAAAUAAAAAAGCACAGGCUGACUAAAGUUGGAUUGACCUGGGUUCAACUCCUAAUUCUGCUUUUAAUUAUGUUUGUGUAACCGUAGCCAAUUAUACUAAGCUAGCUUUUAGCUACAGUUUUCUUCAUCUCUGAAAUAUACAUAAUAACUUUUCUCAGAUAACUAUUUCUAAGAUUUAACUUAGAAAGAAACAGAGGCACUUUAGACUCAAAAUAGCCCCCCUAACAUGGCAAUUGCUGAAGAGUGCUUGCACUCUAGGAAAAGGAAAUGAAGAGGUAAAAAGAAGGCACUAGGGGACAGAACAAAGGGAUGCUGUAAACUUCUGGGAUGGGUGGGUAUACUUUGUGUUUUUCUGUUUAUGUUCACAUUGCUUUACUGUGUUAUUUCUAUAAACUUUAAUGUUUUAAACCUCUUUUAUAAAACUCAAUGAUGACUAAUAGAAUUCUUUGCAGAAGUUAAUUUAUCUCCACAGUGGCUGAAAAUAUUGUUCAUCAUUUAAAUGAUUAUUAAAUGACUGUGAAGAAUAUAAAAUUAAACUUAGUGACUUAAUUAGUCACUGCCUUGCUAACUGUGCUGUAAUUUUUUAAGUCUUGUUUUUAAUAUAGCAAAGUAUCUCAAUACUGGCUGAAAUUAGGCUAAAUAAAGAAUUUUUAUGUUC